AUGGCAUCCAACGGCAUGCGAAAAUACAAAAUUGCUAGCAUUCCGGCAGAUGGAAUUGGACCGGAGGUAGUGAAUGCUACAAUUGAUGUGCUGAAGUCAAUGCAACAAAUAUUGAAGACCUUUGAGAUGGAGUUUACUGAGCUCGACUGGGGCACCGAACGGUACAAGAAGACGGGAGAAUAUAUGCCUAAGGAUGGACUUGAUAUUCUCAGGAAAUUUGAUGCCGGCCUCUUCGGCGCUGUUGGCGCACCUGACGUGCCGGACCAUAUCUCUCUCUGGAACCUUCUCCUGGCCAUCCGCGGGCCUAUGCAGCUAUACGCAAACGUCCGGCCGGUUAAAAGUCUCCCUAACGUACCUUCCCCUCUUCGUGGUGUAAAGGAGGGCGACAUCGAUUGGGUUUUGGUUCGUGAGAAUAGUGAGGGUGAAUACUGCGGACAAGGUGGGCGCACUCACCGUGGUCAGCCUUGGGAAGCGGCGACAGAACUGUCCAUUUUCACCCGUGUGGGUAUUGAGCGCAUCAUGCGUUUUGCCUUCGAUGUCGCUCGCAGUCGCCCUCGCAAAUUGCUGACCGUAGUCACCAAGAGCAACGCUAUGCGGAAUGGGAUGGUGCUCUGGGAUGAAGUCGCGGCUGAGGUUGCCAGGGACUAUCCGGACGUGACUUGUGACAAAAUGCUCGUCGACGCCAUGACCGUUCGCAUGGUCGUUAAUCCCAAAUCGCUCGACACCAUUGUCGGGACUAACUUGCACAUGGACAUCAUGUCUGACCUAGCUGCUGCACUCGGAGGCUCUAUUGGCAUUGCUGCAUCUAGCAACCUCGAUCCGACCCGCAAGAACCCAUCUCUCUUUGAGCCUGUCCACGGUAGCGCCUUCGACAUUACUGGAAAGGGUAUCGCAAACCCUGUCGCCACUCUCUGGUGUGCUUCGGAGAUGCUGAACUGGCUUGGCGAAAAAGAGGCAGCCCAGACCUUGCUUCGAGCCGUAGAGGAGACGUGCAGCAAAGGCAUUUGCACGCCAGACCUGGGUGGAAAAUCCAGCACCAAGCAGGUUGCCGGGGCUGUUGCCUCUCAUAUCAAGGAUUUGACAGGCGCAGCAUAG